AAAACAUUUCUUCUGAAAGAAGAAGAAAAAUAUGUUAAGAGAUGAACAUAAAAGAAGUGGAUAAGUUGGCGAAAUACUGGGGGCUUCCUACCAUGAUUGGGAAAGAAAUUCUUAUCCAAAUUAUUCCGCAAGCCCAAGAUACCUACGCAUUGUCGGAAAUUCGGGUCCAAUUGCACAUGUUUUCUCCCAAUAUUCUUGAGAUGUUUGAU